UGUGUGUGUGUGGUGCGUUCACUGACCCCGCUGGAGGUUAUUGUCCCUAAAACUCCAAUUGUUUAAGAAAAAAAAUACAAUUAUUUAAUCAUUUAGAAUUGUUCACAUACGUGUUGCGUAACAUAAAAAUAAAACAUGUGGGGGGAAAAGCAGCCCUGACUUCACAUUUUCCUCCCUGCUGCUUGUGUAAAUACCUCACAAGACCUCAUUACGUCACCGUCAUUAUUAUUAUUAUCAUUAGACUUAAAUGUUAUUUUAUUUUGCAGUCAAAACAUAACGGUCCAAAGGGAACAAAAUGAUAAAUAAAUUAAUUUAUUCAUGACUUCACAUAAUAAAUUCCAAGGUAUWCGAAGACCAAACCAAAAAUAAAAAAGAGGGAAAAAAAAUCUGCACAUUAUUUUAAAUAUAUAUCUCUAUUUUGACAUUAAAUUUAAACGUUUGUGACUGGAAGGCAAAGCAGCGCAGACUGAAAAUAGGUCAAACCAGAAGAGCUUCUGCGCACCACCCUGUAACAUCACGACUCAAACCUCAGRGUGGUUUUCAGACGAUUCGGUCGCGUUUAUUUACGUUGAGWGCAGACCCGCAUUUCAGAUCGCAUAUCUGGAAAAACCGCAGGAGUGAACUCUUUUAAACAGCACCUUCUUUAUAUAAUUCAGGAGCAACUGUUUGAUUUCAUCAUUAGAAAAUGGGUCAGCAGAUAAAAAAAGAAGAAAAAAUCAACAUUUAACCAAAUUAAACGGGAGAUGUUUAGAAAAUGACGCACAUUUUGUGCGUCUUUUGUUGUGAUGAAAAAGAAAUCUGCCAGUCUGCUGCAGCUUUUUAUUUCUGGUCAUGCAGUGGAACAGAGGGGUUGAAUAUUUCAGCUUUUUUUUUCACAAACUGCAGACGGUUUCAAACYACCGUCAUGGUUAGGGGGGUCUGGAAGGGAAAUGGGGAGGGCGGGGGUCCAUUUUUUUAUUGCAUCACCUGUCAGCGGCGUCCAAUGGGCGUCGACUCCGGCAGCAUUAAUUGAUGAAGGUGUCUCCAGACCUGCCCUCCUCCUCCUCUUAUCAUUUUUUCCCCCUUUAUCCACGGCGCUCAGUCGAGCAGCCAGAAGAAGCCAGCUGCUUUUUUAGCUCCUAUUUCUCCGAUUCACUCUUCCCUCCCUCCUCCUUUUCCUUUCCCUGCCCCCCUCCCCUCCUCUUCCUCUUCUAUUUUAUCCCUCUGGCUGAGGCAGCGGUGUUACACCUUCCCCUCUGUCCUGCUGCCGAGCAGAGAGACACACAGAGAGAGAGAGAGAGAGGGGAGUGGAGCCGGCAGAGGCAGGUAGCAGCAGCCCCGGCUCCUCCAUCCAUUCCUCCCCUCCCACCCCCUCCCGGAGCAAGCAUGCCGGAGCGGUGCGCGCGGCGAGGAGAAGCGGAUCCAUUUAACUGUCAAACUUUGCCUUUUUGGUGACGCGGCGGCGGCAGACAGGAUGGAUUAAAAAAAAAAGUGCGAGCAGGAUGCCUUGAGCUCGCGCGCACCCCUCCCUGUGCCAUUUUAAAAUUUUAAAUAAAAGAUCAAAUAAAACCCAGAGAGCGAUGGGAGACCUGGAGUGCGGCUUCGAAGAGAUGCAAGGCGUGCGGCUGGGCUACCUGCUCAUCAAAGGCAAGCAGAUGUUCGCCCUGUCCCAGGUCUUCACCGACCUGCUGAAGAACAUCCCGCGGACCACGGUGCACAAGCGCAUGGACCACCUGCGCGUGAAGAAGCACCAGUGCGACCUGGAGGAGCUGCGCAAGCUCAAGGCGAUCAACUCCAUCGCCUUCCACGCCGCCAAAUGCACGCUCAUCUCGCGGGAGGACGUGGAGGCGCUGUACGUCUCGUGCAAGACGGAGCGCGUGCUGAGGUCCACCCGCAGGAAGGACGAGGAGAAGGAGGAGGAGGAGGAGGAGGAGGAGGAACUGUGGAAGGAGAAACUUUGGUUGAGUUUGCGCGGCGUCCCGAGGAGCGAGCUGCCUGCGCGGCUCACCGACUCCAAACUAUCUCAGUUUUACCAGAAGGCGCGCGGGCGGAGCCGCCGCUCCUCCGCCAAGUCCGGCCGCAAGCACCCCAAAAACUACGAGACCGAGAGGAGCGCGGGGAGCUGCGUCACCUGGAGCCAAAGGCGCGCGUUUCCCCGGCAGCCGCUGCUGUUCCGCCCCGAGCCGCCGCCUCACAAAAGGAAGAGGCGCGAGGGAGGCGCCAGGAGCAGGCACGCGCACCAUCCCCUGCACGCACAGCCCGUGCUCUUCCUCCAGCCCAAAACCGCCUUCCACCUCAGCCCGGACCUCUACCUGGACCCCCGGCCUCAUCACCACCACCACCACCACCACCAUCACCACCACCACCACCACCACCAUCACCAGUUCCCGGAGGGCUUCAGCAGCGACACCGAGUCCAGCGCCUCCUCGGACUGUCCCGACUCGGACUUCGGAUCCGGGUUCUCCACCAGCACCAGCGGCUCUGAGGAGGAGGAGGAUGAGGAGGACGAGGAGGAGGACACGGAAAGUUCAGAGGUCAGUUCAGAGGAGGAGGAGGAGGAGAGCUGCUCCUCUCAGUCCGACUCCAGCUCGGUGUCCAGCCGUGUUUCGCUCCAGAGCAUCCGGUUCCGACGGGCGCGGGUGGGCCUCGGCACCGGGAAAGCACCUUUGGUUCUGCAGCCCACCUUUCAGUACAAGAACCAACCAGAACCCGGGACUCCGGGUCAGGAUGCGCAAACAGGAGACAGCAGACAUGAAAAACAUCCAAAAUACGACUUUUUACGCAGCGAAACCCACUUUAUUUCAUCCACAGCCAUUUUUAUUGAACCCGCAAAGGAGAAGCUGCGCGAGGCCGUUCCGGACCGGGUCGAGGCAGACCUGGUCUCUCACUCACAGGGACAGGGUUUGGUUGAGGCCUCUCCUCUGUCACGCAGGACCUCGGGACUUCCCAGCCAGCGCCUCUCGGGACUUGGCGCACAGUUUGACGCCGGCAAGCCGCAGAAAUGCGCGGACAAAAAGGAGUCGAGAGGCACCUGCGCCCCGCUGAAAAAAAUAAAAACCGAGCCGGAUGAAGCCCCCGUGAGCGCGGCCCCCCAUCCGGACUGCAGCGGCGGCGCAGGCAGGACGGCCCCCUUCAUCCUCCACAGCGUGAAAGUUAAAGUGGAGGAGAGCUGGGAUGAAUAUGAAUACCAGAGCCAGGCCGGCGCGGUCAAAUGUAAAGGAGACAGAAGUCCAGACGUGGCCCCCAGGUCCCCCUGCGGCCCUCAGGAAUGCAGCCAGGACGCCGCGCGCGCGGAGGAGGGGGAGCAGAGCCACAAAGCCUGCAGGCCUCAGGGACAGAGGAACAAAAAGCCACGAAUAUCCAGGAUAAAGCGACCCAACAAGGCUGCCUCUUCCUCCCCGUCCUCCUCCUCCUCCUCCUCUUCSUCCUCCUCGCGUCCCGCGGGCUGCGAGGACGCGGAGGAUCUCCGGAGCCGACGCAAACGCAGCGCGGCGGCGUCGCCCGCAAAAGCGCCUUUCAGCCUGAUGGCGAACUUCCCGGCUCCGCCGUCGCUCGCUGUGGGCAGCGACGGGGAUCUGUGCCCCGCGCACUCCCUGAGCUCGCUGAGGGGCCCCGGGCCUCCCCCUCCGUCCCACCCCGUGUGGAGGUGGCAGCCAGGCGGCCAGAUCCUCCCUCCCCCACUGCACAGGACCAGGAAAUACUGAGCUGUUUUUUUUUAUGAGGGGGGUUUGAAAAAAAAGGAGCCCCAACAUAAUCGUUGCCUCUUAAAGUGAGUUUACAAAGCUCGCCAUUUUUGCCUUUUCCCCCCCAUUUUGUCUGGAUUUCCAUCCCGCUUUGUUUGGAAGAGGAGCCGCACAUGAAGCACCAACAGGACCCGCAGCUCCGUGGAGUCAUGUUUUUCAAAUAAGCUACCAAUUCAAGCAAUAUGGUUUGCUUUCUGAACUCUUUUCUUUCUUUUUGUUUCUUCCUGCUGAUGUGCUCGACCUGUUGGAGUGUUUGCAGGGUUUAAUGUAAAAAAAAAAAAACGAAAAUAAAAAAAUCGCAUUCUUUUGAAUGUGGCAACAUUUAACCUGGCAGGGACUGUUAACUUUGUAAAUAAAA